GCAAAAAGUUAAAAUAGUAUGCUCGUAGCCUUUAGGAGACGAAGAAAAUCAGAUAAGACAAAAUUUGAAGGUGAAGAUUGAAGAACAGGCUGCUGCUGGUCGGAAGUUUUAUCACAGCCACACUAUCAUCGUCGCUGUUGUCAAGAUUUCCACUUUCCGACUCCCGUUGUUGUUGAAUCGUUUAAUCAGACAGGGAAGUGGCAGUUGGAAGUGUUGAACUACUUGGGUGGUAAUUACUAAUAAUUCAUGCUUUGAGUCAAAUGAGAAUCAAAUGAAAACUGUCACUUAGGUUGUGUAUAUUGCUUCCUUAAUAAUGGCUGCAAAGACAUUGAAUAACAUUUGGAUUCAAAGACAGCAGUGCCCUUGUGGAGAUUGGAAGUGUUAUGUUAAAUGUGAUGGGGAUGAUCAGGUGACAAGUGGUGCUCAAAUGGCAAAGAGCGGGUUCGCAUCCUUUGUGUCACAAGAAAACAUCUGUACUCCAUACGUUGGCCAGAUAUUUAAAAGUGACGAUGAAGCUUAUGAGUCUUAUAGCAGCUUUGCAAGGAAGAAUGGGUUUUCAAUACGCAAAGCACGUUCGACUGAGAGCCAAAAUUUGGGGGUUUAUCGAAGGGAUUUUGUGUGUUACAGGUCUGGGUUUAACCAGCCUAGGAAAAAGGCCAACGUGGAGCACCCUAGGGACAGAAAGUCUGUGCGGUGUGGAUGCGAUGCAAAACUCUACUUGACGAAGGAACUUGUUGAUGGUGUAGCUCAAUGGUAUGUUUCUCAAUUCAGUAAUGUUCACAACCAUGAAUUGUUAGAAGAUGAUCAAGUACGGCUCCUUCCUGCCUAUAGAAAAAUUCAAGAGCCUGAUCAAGAGCGUAUUCUUUUACUGUCCAAAGCUGGGUUUCCGGUGAACAAGAUUGUGAAGGUGUUGGAGUUAGAAAAGGGAGUUCGGCCUGGUCAGUUGCCUUUUAUAGAAAAAGACGUAAGGAACUUUGUUAGGACGUGUAAGAAAACUGUUCAAGAAAAUGAUGCUCUGAUCACAGAGAAAAGGGAAAAUGACCUUUUUGACCUGCUCGAGUCUUGCAAGGCUGCGAAAGAGAGGGAUGAGCAAUUUGCUUACAAGUAUACCACAGAUGGAAAUGGAAAAGUUGAAAAUAUUGCGUGGGUGUAUGGGGAUGCAGUUCGGGCAGCUGCAAUCUUCGGUGAUGUGGUAACAUUUGACACCACAUAUCGCUCUAUCACAUAUAAUAUGCUGCUCGGUGUGUGGUUUGCAAUUGACAAUCAUGGGAAGGCAAUUUUUCUUGGAUGUGUUCUGCUGCAGGAUGAGACAUCACAGUCAUUCUCUUGGGCUCUACAGUCUUUUAUUCAUUGUAUGGAAGGAAGACAGCCGGAGACAAUUGUCACUGAUUUAGAUUCUGAGCUCAGGGAUGCUAUAGCAAAUGAGAUGCCUAAUACAAAGCAUGUUAUUUGUCUUUGGAAAAUUCUCCCGAAAUUGUCUAGUUGGUUCUCUACGCCACUUGGAGUGCAGUAUGCAGAAUUCAAAUCUGAAUUUGAUAUCAUCAGCCAAUUAGAAAACGUAGAUGAAUUUGAACAUCAAUGGAAUCAUCUGGUUGCUCGAUAUGGACUUGGAUCAGAUAAACACAUUGCUCUGCUAUUUGCUUACAGAAUGUCCUGGCCAAUUUCUUAUAUUCGUAAUUUUUUCCUGGCCCAUUCUAUGACUCCCGAGUAUUCAAAAUUGGUUGAAACAUUCUUGAAACAUAUCUUGAGUGAACAGUCAAAUCUGCAGUUAUUUUUUGAGCAGGUCAGUGUUUCCAUCAGCUUUAUGAACCAUAGCAAGGAAAAGCUUCUUUAUAUGCCCAUAAAAACCUGCAUGCCUCUAGAAGAACAUGCUAGGAGUAUUCUAACACCAUAUGCUUUCAGUGCCAUGCAACAUGAGAUCGUGCUCUCGAUGCAGUAUUCGGUUACAGAAAUGCCUAAUGGCUCAUAUCUCGUGAGACAUUAUAAGAAAAUGGAAGGGGAGUGCUUUGUGAUUUGGAUUCCAGAGAAUGAACAAGUUCACUGUUCUUGUAAGGAGUUUGAGCAUUCUGGCAUCUUAUGCAGGCAUUGCCUUCGUGUGCUUUUAAUAAAGAACUACUUCCAGAUUCCCGGAAAAUAUUUUCCCCGUAGGUGGCUGAUGGAGAGCUCCUUAAUUCCCUUUGGCGAUUCGAUCAUUCAAACGAACACCGAUGAAUAUUCUCAAGCCUUCCAUGCUCUCACUGCAAGUAUAUUUUCGGAAUCAUUGAUCUCUAAGGAGCGUGCUAGUUAUGUUGACCGAGAACUCAGACAGCUUCUUGAACACGUACAAAGCAUGCCUGUUGUUGAAGAAGUUACUUUGAGUUCGGUACCUAAUAAUGUCGGUGAAACUCAGGGUUGAAACAUGGCACCCGUUGGUUAAUGUAUCUAUACCGCGCACCUCUAUUUUUUCUUUAGAGGAAAGAAAUAGUUUUGUUUUGGUUAUUAGCAAAUACAUGGCACUCUCAAUGUGGAAAAACCACAUAGAGGCCAUUAAUACAGAUCUUAAUAUUCCUUCAGCAAGAUUAGCUUUCUGGAUGGUUAUGUUUGUACUUUUUUUUAAAAAAAAUAAUUUUUACUUUUUGAGGUCACUAACAGCUUAGUAAGUGUAUAUGAACUUGUAAGUAUCAUGCCUUUUAUUGAGAUGAAUUUUCAUAGAUGCCUUGAAGCGGUGAUAUCUGUAUUUAUUCCAUUUGUUAAGCCACAGACUUAUGUAAUCACUUGAGAAGUGCCUUUUACUAUUUGAGUUGAUUUUAGUGCAUAAUAAAUUUUUACAUGUGAAA